AGAAGCAUGGCUUAUGCUGAUGAAAUUUCAGCUCUCAAACAAAUCAAAUUGCAUCUUCUAGGUGAACUCUCUCCACUCCCAACUCCCAAAAACAAUCAACAACCACAACAACAACCUUGGUUUCAACAAUUUGAUGAAACAACAACAUCAAACACUAGCCCCUCUCAAUCUUCCUCCUCUGAUUCUUCUUCCUCUUCUUCCAAUAUCUCUCUAGAUCAUUACUUCCCUGAAAUCGUUGAUAACCAAAAUCAACUUCCUCUCUUUGAGUUUGAGUUCAAACCACACCUGAUUGACCUCGAAACACCAGUUGCUCCUCCACCACAACGCCUCACACGGAAGCCUUCGCUGCAAAUCGCUCUACCUAGGAAGACAACCGAGUGGAUCCAGUUCGGAAACCCGGAUCAGAAUCCGGAACCGGUGGUGCAGGCCCAACCGAAACCCGUGGAGAAGAAACAGCACUACAGAGGAGUUCGCCAGAGACCUUGGGGGAAGUUCGCCACUGAGAUUCGCUACCCGAACAAAUCACUCCCAACGACGUCGUCGUCGCCCUCCGAAACGUUUGAGUUUCCAGUUCUAAAGAGUAUAAUGUGUUAUAAGAGAUCCAUAUUUCUCAAGACUUACGAGUACAUCUUUUUACCAUCAAAUGGACCUAAGUUGUGGCCAGAAAAUACAAGGGUACUCCAACCUGAACAGAGGGCUAGUGGCAGUAGCCAAACUCAGUCAACAACAACUGCUCAACCUGGACAGGGAGCUAGUGGCAAUGGCCAAGGACAGCCACCAACAGCUAUGGCCAGAGGAAAAGGCAGGGCCAGGGCCAGUGGAUAG